CUUCUACCCCAUUCAUCCACCUGCUCUGCAUGCCUACCUGGACAAUCAUCUCACCGUGCGAGAAAGACUAUGAUCAUCCAAUGCGCAUGAACAUAUUUAGGGUCAUGAAGACUGUCUACCGCAUGUCGGACUCAUCGAAUGAGCCGUCCGCAGUUGACGAAGGAAAACACAUCGCGACCCUCGGAUACGCGAUGUUGCAGGAAAAACCAGGAUCUCCUGACCUAUCGAGUGUUGUGAUGCAUUUCCGUCUCUGCACGCAAUCUGUUACGCAAUUUGUUGUCACCACCAGUCCUAUGCAGUUCGUGGAUAUGGCGCGGAACAUAUGCAUUCUCAUCCCGCCGUGCAAACUUACGGUGUCGGCCAUGGCAGACAUUGACGAAUUCGUAUUCAUGAGGUCGACCUCCUUUCGGGGGUUGAACAACCCAGUGGAGGAGUGUGACCUUGCACGUAGGAUAUGGCAACAGGUGCAGGCGAAGAGAUACCACAGACGGCUUUUACAACAAGAGGUUAUUGGUGACAUAAUAGAUUUCGCCUGUUAUCGAACACGCUCUCCGCGAUGUUCUAUAUGCGACUCCAAUCUUAUCUACUGCAACGGCUGUCAGGUCGCAUCGUGCGAGUCGGAUAACUGUCCGGGAUCUUCUGAACCCCCGCUCGCACGGUGCGGCAGGCAUCAAAAAGAGGUGUUAUGUUUCCCAUGUUUUGAAGAGCGGGGGUGCACAGCGGAGCUAGAAAAGUGUCCUGAGUGUAAAUCGUGGUGUUGCACGAGGGACAUAUCAUCAUGUAACGGUCAUCCCAUCGACAUUCAGCUUAUUCCUGGCUUACCCGGGAGCAAGUCCGUACUUCCUAAACUGAUCGUCGCAUACGCCAAAUCCGCACGCGUCCACUCUCCGAAGCGCGGUUGUUGUAUGGAAUGCGAGCUCCCUGGGUGGCGGAGCUGCAACAGCACGCUAUGUUGGUCUAAAACGAUCUGCCCAGAGUGCGCAAGCGGUGGUGUGGCAUGUCUGUGUCAGGAAGUAUGGGCAUGCGACCUCUGUGCAGAGUAUAGUCCGGGGGUCGUCAUUCGCUGUCCGCGCUGCGACCGGCCGUUCUGCCGCUCUUGCUCUUAUAUCGAUGAAUGUCAAGACUGCCACCGCGCGCACCUCUGCUAUGACUGCGCUGAAGAAGAGUCGGAUGUGGACGAUGGGGUGAUGAUGGAACUUCCCAAAUUUGUUGCGUCGUGCGGAAGGUGUCAGGCGAAGGUAUGCGAUCGCUGCGUGUCGCAUUCGGCCUUUUCGUGUGCGGGGUGCUCGCAGAGGCUUUGCCCGUCGUGCCGCACGUCGUUGUGUGAUGACUGUAAACAGUGGUCUGGGAGUGACGAGGAAAGUGGAACUGGCGGAGACACUGGCGCUGACCUUGACGUUUAAGUACCCCUGU